CCCCUUCACACAGUGACCACACGGCUUACUACUGUGCAACAGGAGGGACCAGGACGAGGAGCAGCCGCACCAGCCAACAUGUCGGACCAGUCUGCAUUUGACACAGAUGUAUGGACCCUAACUCGAUUCGUAAUUGAGACAGGCCGACAGGCUAAGGGGGCAACUGGUGAGCUGACCCAGCUCAUUAACGCCAUGUUGACUGCCAUAAAGGCCAUUUCUUCAGCUGUACGCAAGGCAGGCCUGGCCCACCUGCAGGGCAUGGCAGGAGCAGUGAACGUGACCGGUGAUGACGUGAAGAAGCUGGACGUACUGUCCAACGACCUGGUGAUCAACAUGCUGCAGGCGUCCUACAGCACAUGCUGCAUGGUGUCUGAGGAGAACAAGGAGCUCAUCAUCACACCCAAAGACAAGAGGGGAAAGUACGUGGUGUGUUUCGAUCCCCUGGACGGCUCCAGUAACAUCGAUUGUCUGGCAUCCAUUGGUACUAUAUUUGCCAUCUACAAACGGGAAUCAGAAGGUGAGCCUACAGAAAAAGAUGCUCUACAACAGGGCAACAACAUCGUGUGUGCAGGUUAUGCGCUGUACGGCAGCGCCACUCUGGUCGCCCUCAGCACCGGCACAGGACUCAACUUCUUUAUGCUGGACCCAGCUAUUGGUGAAUUUAUCCUGACCGAGAGGAACGUGAAGAUCAAACCCAAAGGAAAAAUCUAUAGUCUAAACGAGGGCUACGCCAAGUACUUCCACCCCUCCAUCAACAACUACCUUAAACACAAGAAGUACCCAGAGGAUGGUAGUUCCCCUUAUGGAGCUCGGUACGUGGGCUCCAUGGUCUCUGAUGUUCACCGUACCAUCGCGUAUGGAGGGAUCUUCAUGUACCCUGCCAAUGAAAAGAGUCCUAAGGGAAAGCUGCGUCUGCUGUAUGAAUGUAACCCCAUCGCCUUCCUCAUCGAGCAGGCAGGAGGGAUGGCCACCACUGGCACCCAGAGAGUCCUUGACGUCCAGCCAGAGGCCCUCCAUCAGCGGGUGCCCUUCGUGGUCGGCUCCCCUGACGACGUCAACGAGUACCUGUCCUUCGUCCAGAAGUAUCCAUGAAGACUAUUUUCCAGUGAAGGCCAAGAUUGAAAAAAUGAACAAUCCAUUUUUUUAAAGACCAUAUAGUACUUUCAUAGUAUUUACAAUACCAAUCCAAUACCAAUGUUUGUUCCAUCAGACAAUAAAGAGUUUCAUAUUUAGAAAAAAAAAGAAGAAAAGUAAAAAUCAUAGGAUUUUAAUUUUAAUCAACAGAAAAGGGUGUAUAAAAUAACACAUACAAUAAUGUCUAUCACUUCAUAAUUUUUUUUAUUUCAACAUCAAGAAAUAAAUAAUUUUCAUUUAAUUAAUUGGUUUUUUUAGAAGAAUAUAUCAGGGGACAAUGAUUGAAAUCUGACCUUUUGUGGCCUUUUGUGUUUAUCAGCUUUUCCUCAUGUUUCUGAUAGAAAAACAUUUCAUUCAUGUUUCACUGUAUUUAUAAUUCAUUAAAGAACCUUCAGUUGCGCUGGGAAACAUCCU